GUCAUUCUAGUCCUGUGGGUUUAUAUCACAGCAUCCUGUUAAUAACAGGGGAGACUUACCUAAAGCUUGUGGAGAGCCAGAGAACAAUGUAAAAUAAAGGAGAGUUGCAACUGAUUUUAAAGGCCCUCCAACGGUUAUAACGGUUAAAAGAUAUAAAGAUAUAUCUUUUCAUCAUAACUUUAAAAAUAAACCUUAAUUAAACGUAUUUGAUUAUUAUUCAAUUUAUAUUUGUUUGAUUUUUUUUAGGUCAAAAUAACUAGCCUACUUUUUAUUUGCUUGUUAUCUCCAGUAAUUUUGGCAUUGUAAAAUACCGACGUCAUAAUUUAAAUAUUUUAAUAUUUAAACACCUGUUUUGUGGUAGGCAUAGUUCUUGGCCAAUAACUAUUUGCUUAGCCUUGUUAGAUAGGCCCAAAGAUGUAGAUCAAAUGGUAUUAUGCGCAAAGUUCUCACGCUAAUGCGGAUAAACCCAGUUUCGUUAGAUAAAUUAGUCCCUCGCGCGUCCAAAUGGUAUAAAAAGUUUGAGGUUCGAGACAGAACAGCAUCAGUUGAUCAUAUCCAACUACCAAUCAUCAACAUGAAGUACUCCUGUGCGCUGCUCCUUUUGGCCAUCCUGGGAUGCUGCCUGGUGAGCCUGUCGAGAGCUGCCUCAACCACAGCCGCAAGCACAACCGCUACGACGGAGGCCUCCACCGCCACCACAGCCGCGUCCACGGCCACCACGGCCACCACCGCCACCACAGCCGCGUCCUCGGCCACCACCACCACCACAGCCGCGUCCGCGACCACCACAACCACCGCAAGCACCACAACCACCACCACAGCUGCUUCCUCCGGCAAAAAGAAGAAGCACGUGACCCACUACAAGCGCAAGACCCACCGCCCCAAGAAGGUCAGGAAGAUCCACCGCAAGAAGAAGCGCAGCGGCUAA